AUGGCGCCACCAUGCGCAGACCCGCGGCAGGUCAUCAUCGCUUUGAAUCCUGCUAGGCGAAAGGCAUUAUUGGCCCUUGUUCAAGAUAUCAUCUCCUACAUGAUCUCUGAGCUUGAGACUCACCCGGACGAGCUUGGAUCCAUUGCUCCUGACGAUGAAGGCAACAAAUAUGAUGAAACGCCGCGCUCGGACUCUCCGGACAAGGCGGGCAGCUCGGUAUCUCAAAGCGACAAGUCUCAGAGCUUACCACAGCCAAGAGUCAAGACCACCAGGCAAGCCGAGAAAUCCUUAAGAGCGGCAUUGACAUACACUCUGGAAUGGAGGGACGAAGCCGUAUCCAAGCUCGAGGAGAUUGUGAACGUGGAAGAUACCCAGAAGAUUGUGGCUGAGAGGAAGACCCGGCGUGAGAUGUUGGACAAGAAGCAACUCGAGAUGCCCAACGAUCGACAGCUCCUCGAUAUAGACGGAGAACCGGUAGAUGAGACUGAGGAUGUCUCCAUGCUGCAAUCAGCAUACAAACCGAUACCCACUAGGCUGACAACCAUCCCGGUUGAGGAUCGAGAGGAGGCGCUUGCAUGUGUGCUGCUGUUGCUCCUAUCUACUGGGAAGUAUUCUGCCCAUUCUCGUGCUCUAGUCCUUUACUUGGCGUCAUCUUUGGAGUUGUCUAGCACAUUCCUUAACAAGACUGAAGCGGAGAUCGCCAUGUCUCUCAUGGAAUCUUCUACGGCCAACAAUGACCAGAAAGAAGCAAUGUCAGCCGAUGCCGAAGCCGCUAAACGUCGACAACAGAACAAAGUCAGCCGCUUUUGGAAAGUUGGGCUGGCAUCUGUAGCUGGUGCUGCAGUGAUCGGAGUCACGGGAGGCCUGGCCGCUCCUCUUGUUGCUGGAGCCAUUGGAAGUGUACUUGGAGGAGUUGGCUUGGGAGGUGUUGCGAGCUUUCUCGGUAUAUUUUGGAUGAAUGGAGCUUUAGUAGGGACUUUGUUUGGAGCUUAUGGCGCUAAGAUGACUGGUGAAAUGAUGGACAAUUACGCAAAAGAGGUGGAAGACUUCCGCUUCCUUCCUCUUAAGGAAGAAGUUACCACUGAUGUCCCUGAGAAUCUGACUAAAGAGCAAAAAAAACAACGUCGUCUGCGUGUUACCAUCGGAAUCAAUGGCUGGCUCAACUCAGAAGACGACAUCAAGAAACCUUGGCGCAUUCUCAGCACUGAUACAGAAGUUUUCGCCCUGCGCUAUGAGAUGAAGGUUCUUCUUAGUUUGGGAACCGCACUGAAUGACCUUGUCCGCUCCUUUGCCUGGACCGCGUUCAAGGCUGAAGUCAUUAAGCGAACUGUUCUCGCGACCCUUUGGGCUGCUCUCUGGCCAAUCCAGGUUUUAGCUGUUGCUUCUAACGUGGACAAUCCUUUCAACCGAGCGAAUAACCGAUCUAGAAAGGCCGGGCAGCUUCUUGCUGACGCACUCAUCAACAAGGUUCAAGGUGAAAGACCCGUCACACUUAUGGGCUAUUCGCUUGGUGCCACCACGAUCCAUGCUUGUUUGCAAUCCCUGGCUGAGCGCCACGCCUUUGGUCUGGUCGAUACAGUCGUCAUCAUCGGCACCCCAGCUCCUUCUGAUCCAGCCCAUUGGCGGGCCAUCCGACCUGUGGUGUCUGGGAAGAUCUUCAACGUUUAUUCAGAGAACGAUAUGGUCCUGGGUUUUGUCUACCGUAUGCACAGCCUCGCACUUGGAGUCGCGGGUCUGCAGCCAAUCAAAGAUGUCCACGGCAUUGUGAACGUGGACUUGAGUGAGAGCGUUAGCGGCCAUCUUCGGUAUCCUUCUCUUACGGGCGAGAUUCUACGCAAAUGUGGCUUCGUCAACGUCAAGGCUGGAAAGGACAUCGAAAGAGACGAUGUCAUCCAGAUAAAAGAUAAAGAAGAAGACCUCAUUGACUUUGGAGAUGGUCUUAGUAAUAAGGUCCAUGAUGGAGAUAGGUCUGCCGAAUCUCUUCAUGGCCUGACAAUUACGCCUCCAGCUCUUAUGUCACACACCGAGCCCGCCAAUCCACCUCUUCCGAAGCGGCCAACUAAUGAUCUCGAAGUCGACAGCCCGCGUCUCCCUCCGCGGAAAACCGAACGCCAGACAGCACCACUGCAGCAAUUGACAAUUCCCCGACGCCCGGUUCCGACAACGACGGUGUCAACGAUGGUGGAGGAACCGGCUAGCCCAGCAACGCCGCUCACCCCGCAGUACGAUUCUGAUGAUGGGCACCACAUGUCUAUCACGAUGGUGAAUAGAGAUGAGGAUGAUGACUAA